AUGCUUCUCUACAUCGAUGACAUCAUUCUGACGACAUGCACUUUGGACCUUCUUCGACAGCUUACUGAUCAUCUUCGUGUUGAGUUUGCCAUUAAGGACUUGGGUCCUCUGCACUACUUCCGCGACGUUGAGGUGGUACGUCGUUCGAGUGGCUUCUUCCUUCAUCAGGGGAAGUAUGCUCAUGAGCUUCUGGACUGUGCUGAGAUGCUUAACUGCAAACCUGCCUCCACACCAGUCGACACGAAGGCCAAGCUUUUUGCCACCGAUGGGUCUCUUGCCCUGGAUGCCUCGUUCUACCUCUCCAUUGUUGGUGCUCUUCAGUAUCUUACACUGACCAGACCGGAGUUACAGUAUGCCGUCCAGCAGGCGUGUCUCCACGUGCAUGCUCCCCACGAUGCUCACUGGACUUUGGUGAAGCGAAUUCUUCAGUAUAUCCGCCGCACCAUGGAUCUCAGCCCCACGCUUCACGCUUCCACCGCCACCGAUAUCACGAACUACUCUGAUGUUGACUGGGCCGGCUGCCCUAACACGCGCCGUUCCACUUUGAGAUUGUGUGUUCCUUGGCCCAUCACUUAUCUCGUGGUCGUCCAAGCGGCAGCCCACGGUCUCCAGCUCCAGUGCCGAGGCUGA